AUCUACUUACACUAUAGCCUCUAAGCAUAGUCCUCCAAGCUCCUCUUUCCCCAGUGACACUCCGCCGCCCCAUUCAGAUAUCUCACAACCGGCAACUUCAGCCACUGGAACAGUUGCCAAGUCUGCUCCAGCGGCAAAGCCAUUCGUUCAGGAAUGCGCAGACUUAUCGCAUGUUGCUUUGCCAAAGACUUUGAUCGCACACUAUCAGCUUUCGUAUCGGAAUUUCCUUCUUGGUGAUGAAUCUAAUAAGAAAAUAUUUGCUGCCUCUGUCUACGCGGGUCUUACCGGUCAUAGUGUUAGUCGCUUGUGCAUGUUGAUUCAUAAUGGACCGCCUGCCAAGGAUAAGGUGCUGGCAGCGGCUAGAGAACCAUACAAGUCCGACGACACGGCCCUUAAAUUCAAGAGCCUCAUCAAUCUCUCUCCUGUGUCGAAUCAGGAGAACGUUGUCAAGGCUGGAGACUCGACGGUUGCUAUGGAAGGCAUGUCAGCUCGGCUGUUGGAGGACGACCUUGCGGUUACCUUUCCCUUCUCAAUCUUCACAGAGCGUAUCUCCAAGGCCGACACCAAGGGCAAACGGGAAGAAACCAACGGCGAUUUCCACCUGCAGCAGUUUGAGUGGCGCAUGACAGCAAAAGACGAGAUACUCGAUAAGAAUUACGCUCAUGAGUACAAACUCUUUCGGCUUCAGCCUCCAUCUGCAAUCGGUGGCAGCGCAACUUCAGACAAAGCUGUUGCGAUUACAUCAUUCAAGCGGUUGGUGAGCCUUACCAAACCAUUCAAGAUGAUAUUCGUCGACGUUGAAGCUCAAUGCUGUCCCGCAGAGCGAUGGAGGCUCAUGGCAUUAAUCACUGCGCUCAGAAUCUGGCAACAUGAGCAAACAAGCUUUUACUAUUCGAAUGCCAUGGCCGAAACGGCUGGCAAGUGUGUUUAGACACGGCCAGUAUGCGCACCAUGGCCUGCGAUAUUCACCAGAUAUGGCUUUUCUUUUUGUGAGAACUUCCCUCAGGAUGACAGAUAACCAUCCUCGAAUUCAUUUGUGGCACCGUAAUAUAACUGGACUCGGGCUGCAAAUGCCAUAUCAACACACUCCCUCUCACCACGUCGCAAUCGGAAAGGGCUACAAACAUAGCUUGGAUCAGCAUUUCUUUUAUAUCGUUGCAACGACCGUGCCUUUCCUUCAGUUCAAACCAUUCCGUACUGGAAACUGCAGCAUACGAACAGUUGGCAGAGAGCCAUCAUAGAAAUAACACUCUUUUUGUUUUUGCCAUGGAGUCACUGAAGCACCUAGAGCCUUGAGUUCAUUUUCAACAUCUUGCUCGAUCUGAACGGCUUGUUUGUUCUCGGUGUCAUAAGUAGAGUGAGCACCUUGAAGCAGCGUGACUCGAAAACCAGCUUCCAGAGCGCCCUUGCAAGUUUCCAGCACACAGCACUCACUCUGUAUGCCAAAUGCAACAAUGUGUUGAAUGCCCUUUGACCUGAGACGACCAGCUAGAUCUGGAUUUGACUUGAAAGUGUCUCCUGUGUACAAUUAGCAAUGAACUACGAAUGAGUUUGCAGCAAUCUCACGUUGAUUCUUUGACAC